AUGGCCAAAGAUUUACUCAAACAAGAUCUGUAUUCAAUUCUGGAAAUAGCAGAAAGUGCAACAGAGAAAGAAAUCAUUAGCGGUUAUCGUAAGAAAGCUCUAAAAUGCCAUCCAGACAAGAACCCCGACAACCCGAAAGCUGCUGAGUUGUUCCAUGAACUAUCUAAAGCUCUUGAAAUACUCACCGACACAGCCGCUAGAGCAGCGUAUGAUCAGACGAGAAAGGCCAAGAAAGCAGCGGAAGCAAGAAAUAAAGUGCUUGACUCUAAACGAAAGAAGUUUAAAGAAGAUUUGGAAGCUAAGGAGAGAGCAUUAUUGGAACAGACGCUGACACAGAAGACAGAAGCAGCAGAGAAGAAACUUCAGCGAGAAAUAGAGAGAUUGAGAAAAGAAGGUUCAAGACUGCUUGAACAAGAGCAAGAGCGGCUGAGACAGGAAUUAAAACAGAUGGUUGUUGAUGAAAGCAGUCAGCAGCCUGCACAUGGAGCAGACGUGGCUCGUAUCAAGUUAAAGUGGAAAGCUCAGAAAGACGAUCCUAACAAUGGAGGAUACAGCACGCAUUUACUCCAGAAUAUUCUUAGCUCAUAUGGACGUAUUAGUGCGCUGAUAGUUUCAAGUAAACGAAAGGGUAGUGCUAUUGUUGAGUUUGAAGAUGCCAGUGUGGAUUCAGAUAUUUUAGACGAGUCGGGUUUGACAGAAAAUCCAUUUACAAUAGUGUGGCUUUCUGGAAAACCUGUUGGCCACAAACCUGCGUCUGCAGUAGGAGGUUUCACAAAUAGUGCCUCUGUGGACUCUGUAGGUUUUAUCCACACCAGUUUCGUUGAUCCCAGCAGUAGAGCUUCAGAAGUAGUUAAUGAUGGGAGCAAAGCUUCAGUUUAUGUGGAGAAUUCAGAUAGGAAUGCUGCAAUGUCGGACAGGGAUUUUGAAAGUCUUGUUUUGAUGAAGAUGAGACAGGCAGAGGAGAGAAAGAGAUUGAUAGAACAGAUGAUGAAAGAAGAUGACUGA